AUCGGCCAAUACUGUAUCCGUCACCACUCACCACUGACAUCAUGGAGCCCGUUCCGAUCCGACUUGGCACUCUCCGGACGACGGUGAAGCCCUCCAGCAAUGUGUCAGCAUCUCCAGUGCUCUCUGAAGGGCCAGUGGUUAAUAAUGCGUCGAUGGCUCGAGUGUGUCGCGUGUGCACGACGCAGGAGGCAAGAUAUACCUGCCCACGCUGCAACACUCCAUACUGCAGUGUGGACUGCUACCGCUCCCAUGGCGAGGGAUGCACGGAGCAAUUCUUCGAGAGCCACGUGCGUAGUGAGAUGACACUGGCUUCGAAUGCAAAGGGAAAUGACGAUGAGAAGCAACAGAGGAGUAUCCAGGAGCUGCUGGAGCGAGUGCGGGAGUUCCAGGAAGAACAGCAGCAGUUGGCAGACGGAGAAGACGACGAGGAAGCGCUGGUGCAGAGGAUGCAGGAGCUGGCACUACUAGAUAAAGAGGGUCGUCUGACACUUGACUGUUUAACACCUGAAGAGAGGAGAAAAUUCUUAGGAGAAGUGGCAGAUGGACGACUGGGCAAGCUCGUAGAGCUCUGGACGCCGUGGUGGUUGAUGAGUGAACGCAAGUACCGAAACGAGACGUCAGCAAGACGCCGUGAGCUGGUUCUGGAGGAGAUUGGAGGCGAAAAUGAUGAGGGUGAGAACGAGAGUGAGGCGUCUUCAGCCGUGUUACUGGAGCCUUCAGUUUUGUAUCCUGUUCGAAUCUUUACAACCAACGUUGCGCAGAAGAUGCCUAAGAGUAUGAGCGCUCUGCUUCCUGAUGGAAGGCAGCCGUCGCCGUGUCUGCGCUACCAUCUAGUUGAAAUUCUUUUCGCAUAUGCGUUGGUGCUUCGAGCUUUCAACGGCGACUGCGCUCAAGACACGGCAGAGGCAGCAUUCAUGCUACUAGACCUAUGCCGAGUCCUUAGUGACGAUGCACGCUACCAGUCCUUGGAGCACGUGUGCUUGUCUUGCCUGGAGAAACAGUCUAGUGAGGGAUCGGCUACGAAUGCGCUAGCUAUCCAGGAUGUGCAGCAGAUAAUACGCACGGACGUGUUUCUACUAGAUGCUCUCAGUGACACGCGUGCAUUAUUAGAGCGGUAUCAGCAGGAACUAGUGCGCAAUAGUGAGUCAGACAAACAAGCUAGAAGGGAGAGGAAGACAGCAUUGAAGAAACUCACAGCCAUACAGAAGAAAAUUAUAUUCUACCAAACCUGGGCGUACCUCACGCCGAUCGAGGAGUUCCAAGCACUGGCGACUGAGAUCGAAGCUUACACGAAAAACAAGGAACUACUUCGGUUAAAGAUACUAUAAAACUUUUGUAUUUGGCUUCAUC